GAUAAACAMCUGAAAGACUAUUCACUCAUCAAGUUAGCAUAUUUAUACACAUUAGAAAUAGGGAGAUAAUUGGAACAAAUAGGAAAUUAGGCAACGUUUAAGACGUUCAAAUUAAUGAUUAUCUUUAUAAUUCAUUCAUUUAUUCGUUUUUAUUUAUKUUUUUUGGGGUGGAAAGUGGGUAGGCUACAUACAAUUACCUGAUUUUGCCUGUAGUCGAACGUCCAUACAUUUCUCUGUAACCUACAUACACACCGCAUAGUAUGGUCAUGUUAGGUACAGACUGUACUAGUGCUCCACCGGAUCUUGCGAAGUGCAGCCAGGAAGCUCCAUAGAAUCCACGUCGCCAAGAAGACUCUCCGCUCUAAACUAGUCUACCAGCCCGACUCAUUUCUCAGGGUGGUCGGGCACUUUGACCAAACACUACCCGCAGACGUAGAAACAUGCCUCUCCGGUUGGACAUCAAGCGGAAGCUGACCGCUCGGUCGGACCGUGUGAAGAGUGUGGACCUGCACCCAACUGAACCAUGGAUGGUUGCCAGCCUGUACAAUGGCAGUGUCUGUGUCUGGAACCACGAGACACAGACCCUGGUGAAGACAUUUGAGGUGUGUGACCUGCCUGUGAGAGUGGCUAAGUUUGUGGCGAGGAAGCACUGGGUCAUUGCUGGAGCAGAUGACAWGCAGAUCCGUGUGUUUAACUACAACACUCUGGAGAGAGCUCACAUGUUUGAYGCCCACUCUGACUACAUCCGCUGUAUCGCAGUCCACCCAACACAACCUUACAUCCUUACCAGCAGUGAUGACAUGCUGAUCAAGCUUUGGGACUGGGACAAGAAGUGGGUGUGUGGUCAGGUGUUUGAGGGCCACACCCACUAUGUCAUGCAGAUUGUCAUCAACCCUAAAGACAACAACCAGUUCGCCAGCGCCUCCCUGGACAGGACCAUUAAGGUGUGGCAGCUGGGAUCUUCCGCCCCUAACUUCACUCUGGAGGGCCAUGAGAAAGGAGUCAACUGUAUCGACUACUACAGCGGAGGGGACAAGCCCUAUCUUAUAUCAGGAGCUGACGACCGCCUGGUCAAGAUCUGGGACUACCAGAAUAAGACAUGUGUGCAGACUCUAGAGGGCCAUACCCAGAAUGUGUCCUGUGUCAGCUUUCACCCUGAGCUGCCAAUCAUCCUCACAGGCUCCGAGGACGGCACAGUGAGAGUCUGGCAUUCCAGCACGUACCGCCUGGAAAACACACUGAACUACGGGAUGGAACGUGUGUGGUGUGUGUGUGGCCAGCGAGGCGCCAACAGUGUGGCGCUGGGAUAUGAUGAAGGCAGCAUCAUCAUCAAGUUGGGCCGUGAGGAACCAGCCAUGUCUAUGGACUCUAACGGUAAGAUCAUGUGGGCCAAGCACUCUGAGGUGCAGCAGGCCAACCUGAAGGCCAUGGGAGAGGCUGAGAUACAGGACGGAGAGAGGCUGUCCCUGGCCGUCAAAGACAUGGGCAGCUGUGAAAUCUAUCCCCAGACCAUCCAGCACAACCCCAAUGGCAGGUUUGUGGUGGUGUGUGGGGAUGGAGAGUACAUCAUCUACACUGCAAUGGCCCUGAGGAACAAGAGCUUCGGUUCAGCACAGGAGUUUGUCUGGGGCCACGACUCCUCAGAGUAUGCUACUCGGGAGAGCACCAGUAUGGUCAAAAUCUUCAAGAACUUCAAAGAAAAUAAGUCUUUUAAACCAGACUUUGGGGCAGAAGGUAUCCAUGGUGGGUUCUUGCUGGGCGUGAGGUCAGUGAGUGGUCUGGCCUUCUACGAUUGGGAGAACACAGAACUGGUCCGCCGCAUUGAGAUCCUGCCUAAACACGUGAUCUGGGAGCUGGUGUGUAUCGCCACGGAGGAGUCUUUCUUUGUGCUGCGCUACCUGGCUGAGAAAGUGGCAACAGCACAGGAGACCAAGGAGUCGGUCUCUCUCUCCCUUCCUCAACCCCCUUUCUCAGGUGUUGGUGAGAUUCAGGAGGUGGUGAAGACAGGUCUGUGGGUGGGAGACUGUUUCAUCUACACCACUCAGUCAAACAGACUCAAUUACUACGUAGGAGGAGAAAUUGUCACCGUCGCCCACCUGGACAAAACUAUGUACCUGUUGGGCUACAUCCCUAAGGAUGACCGUCUGUAUCUGGGUGAUAAGGAGCUGAACAUCGUCACUUACUCUCUGCUGGUGUCGGUACUGGAGUACCAGACUGCUGUAAUGAGGAGGGACUUUGGGAUGGCCGACAGGGUCCUACCCACAAUCCCUAAAGAGAUGAGGACCAGGGUUGCCCACUUUUUAGAGAAACAGGGUUUCAUGCAGCAGGCCCUGGCUGUGUCCACAGACUCAGAACACAGGUUUGAGUUGGCUCUGCAGCUAGGAGAACUYAAGAUCGCCUACCAGCUGGCUGUAGAGGCUGAGUCGGAGCAGAAGUGGAAGCAGUUGGCAGAGCUGGCCACCACUAAGUGCCAGUUUGUCCUGGCCCAGGAGUGUCUGCACCAUGCCCAGGACUAUGGGGGGCUACUGCUGUUGGCCACAGCCUCGGGCAACGCCAACAUGGUGGGCAAGCUGGCAGAGGGGGCAGAGAGAGACGGCAAGACCAACGUGGCUUUCCUCACCUACUUCCUCCAGGGGAAACUGGACAAAUGUCUGGAGCUCCUCAUUAAAACCAACCGGCUGCCAGAGGCUGCAUUCCUGGCCAGAACAUACCUGCCCAGCCAUGUGUCUAGAGUGGUGAAGCUGUGGAAGGAGAGCCUGGGGAAGGAGAGCCUGGGGAAGGAGAGCCUGGGGAAGGUGAACCAGAAGGCAGGUGAUGAGUUGGCCAACCCUACAGACAACAGCAACCUGUUCCCCGGCCUACAGGAGGCCUUCCUGGCCGAAGACUACCUCAAGGAGACCCACGUCAGGCUGAGGCCCGCCGCAGAGUACCCUCUCAUCACCUCCAAUGAGAAUAGGAAUGUCCUGGGGGAAUCUGCAGACUAUGUGCCAAAAGUAUUGCCUGCUAAACCAGAGGUUGCUGGGAGCAUGGAUGAAACCCCUGUAUUGGAAGCAGUGGUGGAGGCUGCAGCUCCAGAAGCUUCAGUAGUGGAAGAGUCCAUUGUCAUGGAASAGGUAGAACAUGUUGCAGCUGCAGUAGUGGAGUUUAUCCCAGCAGUAGAAGAAUCUAUCCCAGUGACAGUAGUGGAACCAACUAUGGCUGCAGUGGAAGAAUCCAUUGAGCUGGCAGAGGAGGAACCCAUUAUUGUUGAAGUGGAAGCUCUCAAGCCAAAGGAGGCAACAUCAGUGGAUGAUACCAUCACUAAGAUAGAGGCUCUUGUCACCAUAGAAAAUGACACAGAAGCACCCCUCUUGGUGCCAGAGGUAGCACAGUCCGCCCCAGAGGAAGAAGUCAUAGCAACGCCAGAGGAGGCUGUUGAGGAAGGACCUGCAACAAUGAAGCCCAUAGCAACAGAUGCACCUGUUACAGAGUCGGUCACAGAACCCAUUGUAACAGAAGCACCAGUUGCAGAGGAAGCGCCAGUGCCUAUAGCAACAGAACCAGAACCUGUUACCAUAGAAGCGGUGGUGGAGGCUGAAGCACCCAUUGCCGCAGCAGUACUAGAAGCCAUAGCAACAGAACCCAUGGUUACAGAACAAGCACCUGUUACCAUAGAAGUGGCAGUGGCCGCAGAAGCACCCAUUACUGAGGCAGUAGCAGAACCCAUAGCAGCAACUGAAAAAGCCCCAGUCAUUGGUAGAAGAGAAUGAACCUGCCCAGCCACCACUCAUAGACCUAGCCCCAGCCAUAGACCUAUCCCCAGCACCACUCAUAGACCUAGCCCCAGCCAUAGACCUAUCCCCAGCCAUAGACCUAUCCCCAGCACCCCUCAUAGACCUCGCCCCAGCAAGACCUAUCCCCAGCCAUA